AUGAGCUAUUGCUCAGUUGACACAAAAUUACGACUGGUGCAAUCAAACAACCCAAAAAGGUCCUUCAAGGUAAAACUUAUCAAUAUCCAUUGGUGGGAAUUGUCAAUAGAUCUCAAGGUGAAGAGUGCCUUCAAGGUAAAACUUAUCGUCUUCAAUAUCCAUUGGUGGGAAUUGUCAAUAGAUCUCAAGGUGAAGAGUGCAAAAGUAUUUUGCUAAAAGUUCUGAUUAUGGGCAUUUGGGAAAUAAAAUGGUUAACAUUUGUAACUCAAUAAAAUCUUUCUGUUAUUUCCAAUUCUUUGGCGUCCAAUCCCGCAAAGCGAGUUUCUUCCCUAG